CUCAGCCAUUAGGGUUUCCAACCAACCUCAUACAGUAGUCCUGGACAGGCUACAGAGUGGAUCAGGGCUACAGUUAAAGCCUGUACAAUCUGUGCCAUGAGCUCCAUGGUACGCUGGCUUCAUCACAGCCUGGGUGAUCUCACAGGGCUCAGCUGUACCCAGAGAAGUAGCAGAGAAAUGUAAUGAACAAGAACUAUCGUAGCAAGUGAAGAGAGAUGUUUGUUUCAUGGACCAUUCAGCCUCUGAAGGACAAUAAGAAUUUUACGUGCCACCCCUUCUUCGCCCCCAAGCAGAUGCCUCAUGCCAAGGCGGGCGUCCCACAUCAGGCAGAUGAAUAGCAGGUCUGUUCCCAGCAGCUGUACUCUCCCAUCCAGAGAAAGCAUUAAAGACUCCCUGGGACUGCAGAGUCCAGAGCUACUGUGCAGUUUGCAGAGAGCCCAGGAAGACACCUUUUGAGCAAAAGGAUGGCAUCAGAAGGGGAAAUCAUCAACCUUCAAGGGGGGAAUCCUGGCUCAAGAAGGGACAAUCCAAUCAACAUCAACCACUAUGCAACCAAGAAGAGCGUGGCAGAGAGCAUGCUGGAUGCGGCACUGUUCAUGGCCAACGUUACACAGCUCAAAGCAGUGCUGGAACAGGGGCCUUCAUUCCAAUAUUAUGCUACCCUGACAGCUCUCAUCAGCAUCUCUCUCUUCUUCCAAGUGGUGAUUGGAAUUCUCCUUAUCAUCAUGGCACGGAUGAACCUGAAUGAUGUUUCAAAGCAGCUGCGCCUGAAUGUGCUCAACAACACUGCCACAGCUCUGAUCUUCAUCACAGUCAUCCUCAACAUCUUCAUCACAGCCUUUGGAGUACAGAAGACUGGGCUCUACCCUACCAGGAAUUUCAGGAGGCCUUACUGAUUCUGGAAAGCAAUGGAGUAAGGAAGCUUGCCUGGCAAUGAACAGGGAAGGAUCCCAUCUUCCAUUUUAUGCUGGCUUCAGCAGAACCCUGCAUAUCAAUGGUGACUGAAAACUCCCCAAGUACUUUAAUUAUUAAACACAUGUCAUUUUUAUGCAGGCCCUGUUGCAAUGCACAUACAGCUUUGCAAGACUGAAAACAUCCUUAGAGUUUCAAAGCUAGUGAAAAUUGUGGAGAGAUUUCAGGAGAGGGCUACGCAAAGAACAGCACACAUGCCAUCUCACUCUCAUUUUAGUUCUCUGCUUUCAAUAUUCAGUCUUAGCUCAUUUUCUAAAAAGGACUGAAUUCUAAGUUCAAUCAUUUAUUGUGUAAGCUAAGCAUCUGUAAAUUGUCUGGUUUGUGUGCACCAAGUUUAACAUGUAAUCCCUGAAUUGACACUCAAGAUGUCCCAAAUGUAGGGUGCAUUGUUUAUUAGAAAAGAAGCAAGAGGUGUGUGCGUGCUUUACAAUAGGUGAUGUGAACAAUAAUAUUUGUAUGUUUUUAGAAAAAUAAAUAGUUUUUAAUAUUAAUUUUUAUUUGUCUGGAAAACAAUUCUUCUGCAGUGUUGGAAACUUCUACUUGCUGCCGUUUUCAGUUAUGGUCAAAUAUCCCUGCAAAGGCCUGUGAGAAGUGCUCUAGGGCAGGAGGGUCAAAGAUAUGGCCCACGGAGCCACGUGAUCUGGCCCCCGGUGCUGCCCGUGGAUCUCAGAGCAGCCUAUAGGCAGCAUGCAAGGCUUGCCAGAUAGCCCUACACACCACACACAGCACCUGCUCCAGCUCACAUCCUGGAGCAGCCACAUGACACGCUGUGGCCCAUGCUGAAUACAGCAUCAGCUCUAGGGCCACACAGCAGUCCUGGAGUGGCUGGAGCAGGAGCAGGAGCAGGACCAGGUCACAUGCGGCACCCGGUCUAGCCACUCCAGAACAUCCACUGGAAUGUGGUCCAGCCUGCAGAGCCAGGCCAGCUCUACACCCCUGCUUUAGGGAUAAUAUGCUGAUGGCAAAACACAGAGUGAACCUGGCUACACCUGGCAAGCAAAAUAGAUCUGCUUGCCCUGUUGGCUGAAGUACCAAAAGUAAUAUAUUCAACUAUAAAACAGUACCAGUUCGUGAGUCUGCCCCCAGCACCUGAUGCCCCCUGGGGUCUGACCCACUUGCCACACUCUCCAGGCCUGCCCUCACCUCCAGUCUCACACCUGCCACAUCUUUGACAUUAUCAAUAGCGUACUGAGGAGACGGUCCCUGGGGGCCAGGAGUAGCUUCUCUGAUGGUUUGUUUUUUGACGUAGUCCUUGGGCUUCUCCAUCCCAAACUCAGUCCUGGGGUCUAUAUGCUUUUGUAGGGGUGCUUCCCUUUUAAGGCAAUCCCCAGCCACUUUUGGGGGUUUCAGCUUUUCCCUUUUCUUGUGACCGAGCCCUCAGCCCAGGUCCACUGCCUCAGACAUAGGCUGAGGCCCAGAAGCUUCUCUCUUCUUUGCCCAAGCCAGGUGUCAGUCUGUAGA